AUGGAGGAGUACAGAGUUGAACAACCCAAGCACCCGUCAUUGGGCUACGCAAUGAAGCGAUCUGGACAGGCUCAGUGGCCCCACAUCUUGGGAUUCUUUUGGAUACUCUACAUCUCCGCUGCCGAGAUCCUUCCAGACAAAUUUGUGAUGCCUAAGCAGCAUGCCCUGGAAGAUCAUGAGGAAGACAGUGAUUUUGAGGAACGCUACUGCAACUCCUUUUUGAAAGAUUUGGAUCCUCAAUUUCAAUUGCCAAGCCCAGAGCAUUUGGGGCCAGGGUCUUUCAAAGGGCCAAGGAGGUAUUUAGAGCACGCUCAGCCUAUUGACCUGUUCUACCAAUACAAGGCACAUGAAACGUCAGAAGGCAGGCAGCCAGCAUCGCUGUCAACCUUUAUGCGAUGUUUCAAAAAGGUCUUUGACACGCACCUCAAAUUCCGAGAGAAGUGCGAGCACGCUCAGUGUGACGUGUGUGGGCGCCUGAAAAGGAAAAUCAAAGAGGCUCUAUGCAAGAGUGACAGAUUGGAGUUUUCCCGGCAGUAUGGAAGACACAUCUUGUCGCAGUGGCUAGACCGCCAGGUCUACUGGAAGCUUCGAGCUUUAAGCCAGUCGUACUUCCAUUCACGAGAAGCCUUAGCGCAUGGCCCAAAUAUCAACAUCUACAACUCAUUGGUCACCAUCAUAUGCGAUGGAAUGGACCAAUCCAAACUGAGAACACCUCGCUUUGGGUACAAACGUCUGUGCAAGGGCCUGGAGCCUUUGUACAGGCCCACAUUACACUUGGCCGCAGUAUGGCUGCAUGGGCUGAAGCUCUUGCUGCCAAUUUCAGACGAGAGCCUUAAAAAGGACUCUGAAACACAAAUCGAGCUGCUCGUGCGUGGGCUCCAGGUGCUCUACGACUCCAGUCCUGCCCAAUUGCCUGCUGGACUUCAUAUCCAGCAGGACAAUUGCGCCCGCGAGGGCAAGAACCGAUAUGUAGCUGCACUAGGAAUCAUGCUGGUCGCGCUGGGGAUAUUCCGGUAUUGCUCACUGGGCUUUCUGAGAAAAGCCCACUCCCACGAAGAUGUCGACCAAGUCUUUGGUCAGAUCAGCCGACUUCUUCGAGGAAAGUGCUUUAACUCGCCCGAGGAGCUCAUCAAACUGCUGAACCAGUGUGCUGGGGCAAACCAAGCAGACUCUUCAACACGUCUUCGCGGUACUUCUGCUUGUGCAUUCAAGCUAGACCAAGCAGCUAAGUGGAAGGCUUGGGUUCGGCAACUGGGAAUCGUGCUGAAAGGACGUGUCCACCUGUUCAAGUUUGUCCGGCGAGAGGACAUCGAGAUGGAGGUUUUCCAGCGGGUGGCUGAAUUUGAAGACUUUCCCUUCGGGAGAGCGAAGAAGCCAGGGGACAUAUGCUUGAUUGCAAAACGGUGGUUGGGAGACACUGAAGUUUUGAGAUUGAUCGCCUUGGUUUCAGAAGAUGUGUGUACAGAGCUUCGCACUGGAGCACAGUUGCCCUCUGGCGUCACAGAAAGGAGGGCAAUUGGCCAUCGAGUUGUUCAAAACAUUCACAGGUAUGUGCCUCGCUGCCAGAAGAGUGGCGACCUCAAUGAAGCUGCAUCUAGGUAUUUACUGGGAUGGGCCGACAGGACUUUGCAGGAAGUUCCCAGGCCGGCAGUGUACAGCAUUUUGAACUACCGAUGGGAUGCUCGACUCAGAGCAGAACCUGUGAUGCCAGGAACGUGGGUCCCCCCACGAAGGUUGAGACAUUUUGAUCUCACAAUUGGAGAAGAGGGUGGGCACACAUCAGACAGCGAAUCUGACAAUGCGCCUGUUGAUCUGCCGCUGGAUGGGUGA